CUAAGGAUAUAGAGAAGAUGUAUGCUGGAGUUUACUUGACGUGAUAUCGUUGUGACUUGCCGACCUGUGCCUCUAUUCUUAUCAAAGAACCCUUCCACAGGGCAGCAGAGAAUUACAUAUCCCUUAGUGUAUCGAUAGAUAUUCUGUGAAACGCAAAAGAAUAAUACAAGUGAACUUGUUGCACUGAAAAGAAAAGUUAGUAGCAAGGAAAGAGCAUAUAGUGAACUGCCAGAACCAAAUGUCACAGCAUAUCAACAGAGGUGGGAUGAGUUCCCCAUACAGUGGAGAGUCUGCUUCUCCAUACUCAGACCACUCAGCUGGAGUACCAUCUCCACCAACAGUAGUGACUGCCUACAAUCGCCCUUAUGAAGCUGUUCACCACGAUGGGGCCUUCAUUCAAAUACUGGAGCAGCCACAGUCUAAAUUCCGAUUCCGCUACAAGAGUGAGAUGGUGGGCACUCAUGGACAGCUGAAAGCAGAUCGAUCAGACAAAAAUAAAGCUGUUUUUCCUACAGUAAAGCUUGCAAAAUGGAAUCACGGACCAGCUGUAAUUCGUCUGAUGCUCUAUACAGCAGAGGACAACAUAAAUCAGAGAAAACGGCAUGUUCAUGAACUGUCAGGAAAGCAAUGUUGCAAGGAGACGGGUAUCUGUGAGGUUGUUGUCGAUGAAAAAGUUGACUACACUGCGGUUUUCCAAAACCUGGGAAUCAUUCACAUUGCAAAGAGGGACACAAAAGAUAUUAUUCUCCAGAGGAAAAAGGAAGAGUUGAUAACCCAUGCAAGACUUCGCAAGCCACAUCUCUCCUAUGAAGACAUUAGGAGGAGUAUCACACAAUCUGAUAACAAGAGGAUGGAAGAAGAAGCCGAAGAAGAGGCAAAGAACAUGGACCUUAACAAAGUGGUCUUGAGAUUCCAGGCUUUUCAGUAUGACAAGAAGAUUGAAAGUUAUCGUCCUGUUACAUUACCAGUUGAUUCUGAUAUUGUCUAUAACCUAAAGAAUGCCACAACUGGAGAGCUAAAGAUUGUACGAAUGUCAGCAUGUUCAGCACCAUGCACAGGAGGAACAGAAAUAUGGUUGCUGGUUGAAAAAGUUAGGAGAAAUAAUGUGCAGAUUAAAUUUUUUGAGUUGGAUGAGAAUGAUCGGGAGGUAUGGUCAGGGUAUGGUGACUUCAGUGAUACAGAUGUCCACCAUCAGUAUGCCAUUGUUUUCAAAACCCCUAGAUAUAGAUACACAAACCUUAGUACUGCAGUGCGUGUGAAAGUACAGCUUGAAAGACCAACAGACAGAGACACAAGUGAACCACUGGACUUCACAUUCAUGCCUGACACCUUGAAACGCAGAAGAAUGCUUAUUGAAAAUGCACAAGAAGAGGGAAAGAGACAUCCAAGUUUCCCCCCUGCAAAAAGACCAGCAAAUUUCAACAAUUAUGCAAGUGAAGCUAUAGAUCUGAGUUACAACAUGAGAAAUCCACGGGGUCAGGAAGACUCAAUGCCAACACCUGACAUCUUGGAGCUGUUGGUGGGAGUUUCAGAUUUCCCAAACAGUAAUGGGCUCUCACCAUACACUUUAGAGAUGUCAAACCAAUCACCACAGCACACUGUUCCCUCACCUGGACAUCCCUCUGACUCCAGCACCCAUGAGCUUUAUUCUCCCAUCCAUCCAGGCUCUGUAGGAACCCCUAACACUGAGUUUACCACCAUCAGUAACAGCCUUCUUCAGGUUCCUUCACCUGGACACCCAGUGCCUAACUCUCCCCAGUACAGUGUGAUGUCUCCAGGAGAACACUCUGUUGGCUCACCACAGUCUCAGUACCAGGGCUCUGGUAAUUUUGGAGGAGGGAAUAUGUCACAACAAUAUUCACAGUCCCAGUCGCCACAGUACAUUCAAUCUCCAUCUCCAGUCAUGAUGGUACCUUCUCCAUCAUAUCAAGAUAAUGGAACACAGAUUUUAAAUCAGUAUCUGCAACAGCCUCAACAGCAGCAGCAGCUACAGCAGCAGCAACAACAACAACAGCAGCAGCAGCAGCAGCAGCAGCAACAACAACAGCAACAGCAAUUUCAGCAACAACAGAUGCAGCAGUUCCCCAAGACACAACUGAUGGGUUCACAAGUGAUACAAGGUGCUGUAGAUAAUUGGUUAACACAGCAGCCAAACAAUAUUCAACUUCAGCAGCAGCCAAUGCAACCACAGGCACUACAGCCACAAAAUAAUGUACCAGAGUUUGACCUACCAAGCUGCUUCAAUAUUGUUGGUGGUCUGGGUCCUGAUGCCACCCUGAUGGAUAUGUUAGAAGUUGCUGAUGAUCAGUUAGCCUUUGAAUCUGGCUUGAUGGGCAAUAGUGACAUUAAAGCCGACUAUGGAGGAAAAACAGAUUCAAAGAAGAAACAGAAGGAUCAGCCAGUUAUCUCAGGACAGGAUGUGGAUGAACUUACAAAAAUGAUCUCCAAUGUUCGAGUAGAUGAUAGCCGAGGCAACAGGAACCCUCAGAGCCAAGUAGAGUCCAUGAAUCAGAAUCCCACUCAGAGUGUAGAUGUGGCAUUCAAGGUGGCGAUAAGUGCUGCGGAGUGUCUGCAAGCUUAUGCUGCAACGGGUGACAUUUCCUUACUUUUAGCAACACAUCGUUAUCUCUUGGCCGUACAGAACAAUCAAGGAGAUACUGCUCUACAUACUGCUGUAAGCAACAAAAAUAUAGAAGCUUUCAACAAAAUCCUCAAAGCCUGUGAGAAGAUCAGGCCUCAGGAUUUGUUAAAUGCGCAGAACUUUGCAAGAGAGACAGCACUACAUCAGGCAGUCCGUGGCAAUGAGACUAUUAUGGUGAGGAGGCUUGUUGCUAUGCCAGGCUGCGAUGUAAGCAUUGUUGAUGCCCAAGGAAACACACCAGUCCAUUGUGCUGCCCAGAUGCAAAGUAUUCAGUGUCUGGAAGCUUUCCUAACCAGACCUGUAAAUGGAGUCCGCUCAGCAGUAACCCAAGCCAUCAAUGCAUACAAUUAUCAGGGUGAAACCCCUCUACACUUGGCUGUAAUUAAUGGAAGCCUAGACAGUGUGCGUAUGCUUAUUGAAGCUGGAGCACAAGUUCAUCAUUGUGAGCGUAAAAGGGGAGCCAAUCCAUUGCAUCUGGCUGUCAUGCAUGGUCAUCAUGAGAUUGUCAGAUAUCUUCUUGAUCAUACAAGUGUAACUAUUGAAGCUGGACUAUUUGAUGGUAAUACAGCUCUCCAUUUAGCUGCACAACGGAGAGACAGUGAAAUGUGCAAGAUAUUAUUAAGAUAUAAUGCUGAUCCUAAUGCCAAAAAUAUGCUACAAAAGCGGAAAAAAUUGUCAGAAUCAGAGGAGGAUGAAGAGGAGGAGGAAGAAAUUUCCAGCAGAAAAGAGGAAGAAGAGGAUGAUGAUUCAGAAGAAGAGCCAGAUUGUUACACGCCAUUUGAUUAUGCUGGAAAUGAUGCAGAGAUCCUGUCAAUCCUUCGAGGUGAAGCUAAUCAGGAAGAGGAGGAAGACCAAGGAGCUCAAGCACAAGAAGAAGUCGUUGGAACCAAAGCCGGCCCUCUACAUUCUGCUCUUGACUCUGGCAUUGACAUCUCAGUAACUGACAUACAGUAUUCUGAUGGCCCUGGAGAAGAGGACAGUGUGGGUGAGCUGAGUGAGCGCGUGCGAGAACGACUUGCCAGCCACCUGAGUGGAGAUACCUGGCGCCACCUAGCUCAGCUCCUAGACUUGGAUUACAUGGUCCCUUGUUUAGCUGGGGAACCAUCUCCAGCUUCAACUCUCCUCCACCCUGAUAACAUGAAGGUUAGCCUCGGUAUUACCUGCCCGCUGGAGACCGAUUAUUAUCGUCGCUGUAAAUCCCUGGCAAGAAUUUGUCAAGUAUUCUCAUGAUAGUCUGUGACCUUAGAGAAACUUCGAGAGUGCCUUACAGUUCUUGGCCUCAAGGAAUGUGUUGCUGUGCUGGACCAGGCAUAAGAAGUGAGAGAACAUUGACCAUAAGCACAGAAAAAAUGUGGUUUAUUGAGUUCUUACUGUUAGAUUUUCAUUCUUAUCAUGUACAAACUUGAACUUUUUAUAUGGGGUUCACAGAUUGGGAAGUGUAUGUCAGUUUUAUUUGUUUUCACCUUUUUUUAUUUUUUUUAUUAUUUUCUUGCCUAAAAAAUACACUUGAUGUACAUGUUAGCUUUGGCAAAGAAGCUGCAAUACUGCUUGGAUUGUAUUUCAAAGGGAGGUGAUUUGUACAAGUAUUUUUUGUUUUGAGAUUGUUAUAUAAAAAGCAUUAGGAUUAGAAAAUCAAUAUUACUUUGUUUUCAGAUCUAAGGCAAUUAGCUAAGGGGUAAAGAUGGAAACUUGUUAUUGUGUGAGCAGUAAUAGUAGAUUUUUUUGUGUAUAACUAGUUAUUCAGAUGUUUUAUAUGCAAAUAAACUGGCAUCAUAGGAUUAAAAAGAUGACUUACAUGUUAUGUUGCUAAUAGGUUUAAUAUUAGCUUUUAUAAAAGUGUUAUGUAUCUUUACAAAAUUUUAUUUUUAUUUUAACUUUUUAUACCUUUAUUUAAUGAUUUAUAGAUAUUAAAAUCAUUUAGUACUAAUGAUAUGUGAAAUAUAUUAGUAGAUAGACAAAGAUGGUCUGGUUAAUUAAUCUUGCCAUAUAAAAGGAGAAAUUAAAAUUAGUAUCAUAUAUUUGGCAGAUACUAGAGAAUUUGAGAAAUGAUUUGCCAAAAAUAUUUACCAGGUCAUUUUUACCUGCAUUCCUUAUGGUAAGGAUAUAGAUACAGUUAUUGUUCACUGUAAGUGUUCAGUGCCUUCACAUUGCUUCAUGAUCUGUGUUAUGAUGUGAUUUAAUGAAUAAGGAUGAGUAUGGGUGAUGCUAUUCCAAAUGGGAAAAUCCUUUGAAGGAUGAAGUUAAUGUCUGGAAGAAACUAUAUAUGUAAGACAUUGCUUUUAGACGUUACAAGAUGUAGGAUAAAAAAUUGGAUUAUCCAUAUGUAAAUGUUAAUUGAAUUGUUGAUAUUGUUUUGAAUUUAUUAGAAUAAAUCUCUUCCUAUAUUUUUCUAAGUGUAUUGUAUAGACUACUGAUAGCAGGUAGGUUAGUAUUUUUAGAGCUCAGAAGAACUUAUUAGGACCACCAUGUAACUGUACAUUCCCAGUUAUUUCUUGGCACAAGUGGAAACUUUGGUCAUUGACCAUUUCAAGUAGAUUUAAGAAGAAUGUGCCUCAGCACAAGAAACAACCUAUAUAAUGUAUGGACUAAGAUAUUCCUCUUUUAAUAUGUUGGUUUAGGUAUAAAUCUCUACAGCUUUGAAUCCUACAUUCCUUGGAAACCAACAGGAAACUUGACAUGUAGCUUUUAUAAGCCAUUUGAAAAUUGUAGUUGUCACAAAAUUACUUCAUUUUUUUAUCAGAAGAUAAACAAUGUUAGGACAGAUUUUACAGGUAACUUUAGUUUCAAAAUAUGCAAUAUUGUUAUUCUUAAAAGGUGGUUUACAUAUUUAAGUUAAUAACUACUCCAUUCCAUGUUACUUCUAUUAGUGAUUAUAAAUUGCAAUAUUUCUUUAAUAAUAAGGAUUUACACGCCAGAAUUGAAUAAAUGGAUUACUUCCAGGUAGCA